GUAUACUUUAUCGUCACACUGAUUUCAACCUCCUCAUGACAAAUGACAAACUAAACUGAAAAUUGGAAACGAAAUUCGAGAAAAGACAGGCCAACGAGUGGAAGAAAAAUGAGCUCGCGUAGGAGCAGGAGCGGUCCCACCCUGAACUUCAAGGCGGUGCUGCUGGGCGAAGGCUGCGUCGGCAAGACGUCGCUGGUGCUGCGCUACAUGGAGGACAAGUUCAACCCACAGCACCUGAGUACGCUGCAGGCUUCGUUUGUGACCAAGAAGGUGACGCUGCCGGACGAGCGGCGGGCGCAGCUGAACAUCUGGGACACCGCCGGGCAGGAGCGCUUCCAUGCGCUGGGCCCCAUCUACUACCGGGGCUCGGACGGAGCGCUGCUGGUGUACGACAUCACCGAUCAUGACUCCUUCCAGAAGGUCAAGUCGUGGGUGCGCGAGCUGAAGCAGAUGCGCGGCACCGAGAUCUCCCUCAUCAUCGUGGGCAACAAGACUGACCUGGAGGAGCAGCGGGCCAUCGGCUAUGCGGAUGCCUUCCAUUACGCCCAGACGGUGGGCGCCCAGUACUUAGAGGCGUCCGCCAAGGAGAACGAGGGCGUGGCCGAGAUCUUUGAGCUGCUCACCCAUCUGAUGCUGGAGCGGCUCAGCCAGCGGGAGCGGGAGACUGAGCCCGCAAGCCCCUUGCGGCUGCAGGCCCUAGAUGCAGACGAUGCCGUCAGUGUGUCGGACGGAGAGCAGAGUGACGGCACUGGAACCGGUCAACGUUCCUGCUGCGGCAUCUAGGAGCUGCAGGUUGCGGGGGUCCGGCUAGCCCAGCGCCGUCCAUUGUGAUAAUAUAUAAUGUACCAGUAGAUCUGUAGCCGAUGUUUGUCUGUAUAUACUAUAUAGAUAUAUAUAUAUAAUUACGUAUAUAUGAUUAUGUUACCAAAUUAUGUUUUGUUUAAGUGGUCCCUGAUGAUCUUUAUUUGUUGUAAUCCCCCCUUUAACCCUCAUCCCUAGACUAACCAUUAAAAAUUGUUCUGCUAUGAUUCCACGAAAACCUGCUUAGGAUUUCGGAAAUU